GAGCUUACAACUUCAUCGGAUGAAAUAAGCUAGCUUAUCCUUGUAGCCUACUAACCCUAUUCUAUCUAGUUUGGUGGAGGAAAGAUUUUGUUGUUCUGCUUAUGGCUGUAAUUUCCUGGUUUUCUAGAAGAAUUUUACAGAAAUAUUUCUUUACAACCAGUAAGAAUACAAGGUAUUUGUACCUAAGCUACAAGAUGAGUGGUCUAAACUUACAGAAUGAUAUUAGUAAAGAUGAUCCAGAGAUGUACGACCUCAUUCGAGCUGAAAAAUCACGACAGCUUCGAGGAUUAGAACUGAUUGCUUCAGAAAAUUUUGCCAGCAAAGCCUGUCUACAAGCUCUUGGGUCAUGUUUGAAUAAUAAAUAUUCAGAAGGUCAACCAGGUCAAAGAUAUUAUGGAGGAAAUGAAGUGAUUGAUAAAGUAGAGAGAUUGUGUCAGAAGAGAGCUCUUGAAGCGUUCGGUUUGGAUCCAGAGAAAUGGGGAGUGAACGUCCAGCCUCAUUCAGGAUCUCCAGCUAAUUUUGCUGUGUACACAGCUGUAGUGGAGCCCCACGGUCGUAUUAUGGGUCUCCAUUUACCAGACGGAGGUCAUCUUAGUCAUGGUUUCAUGACUGGAACGAAGAAAGUGUCAGCCACUUCUGUAUAUUUUGAAUCGUUUCCAUAUAAAACCAGUCCCAAAACUGGUCUGAUCGAUUAUGAUGAACUAGAGAAAAAUUCACUUCUUUUCUUACCAAAGCUGAUUAUUGCUGGAACAAGCUGUUAUUCAAGAAAUCUAGACUACAAGAGGUUCCGUCAGAUAGCCGAUGGUGUGGGAGCGUAUGUAUUAGCUGAUAUGGCUCACGUCAGUGGGUUGGUGGCUGCAGGGUUGGUUCCCAGUCCUUUUGAACAUUGUGAUAUUGUUACGUCCACUACUCAUAAAACGUUACGAGGUCCCAGAUCUGGAAUUAUCUUUUUCAGAAAGGGAGUUAGAAGAACUUUGAAGAAUGGUACAGAAGAGAUGUACGAUCUGGAAAAGAAGAUAAACGAAGCUGUGUUUCCAGGGUUACAGGGUGGACCACAUAACCAUCAAAUAGCUUCCGUUGCAGUAGCCUUAAAACAAGCAUCAUUACCAGAAUUUAUAGAAUAUCAGAAACAGACUAUGGCCAAUGCUAAAGCCAUGUCUAAAGCCUUAAUUGAUAGAGGCUACACUGUUGUGACAGGAGGAACUGAUACUCAUCUGGUCUUAGUUGAUAUGAGACCCCAGAAAUUAGAUGGCGCCAGAUCAGAGAAAGUAUUAGAAGAAGUUGGAAUUGCCUGCAACAAGAACACCUGCCCAGGGGAUAAGAGUGCCCUGAAACCCAGUGGAUUGAGAUUGGGAACCCCAGCUUUAACUUCUAGAGAUAUGAAAGAGAAAGAUAUCGUUCAAGUAGUUGAAUUUUUCCAUCAAGCUAUUGUAUUAACUGCUGAGGUAGCUGCUAGUUCAGGGCCAACUCUGAAAGAAUUUAAAGCCAAACUGGAAGAUCAACAAGUCCGAACCAAAAUUGAACAAAUCAAGAAGCAUGUUGAAGAUUUUGCUAUGAAAUUUCCAAUGCCUGGUUUUGACGAUUGGUGAAAAGUGAGAUUUAAAGAGAAUUCUAUGACUGAAAUCAUGUCUUUUAGGGGCCUAUACACGUUCAAUAAAACCAUCAAUUUGUUCAGUUAAUAUCAUUGAAGUGUGUGUUUAUAUUAAUUACAAAUAUUGUCAAUAAUCAUCAUAGAGUCGAUAUAUUGACGGAUCAAAAUCGUUUUGAUUUUUAUUGACUCAUAAUGAGUCACUCGUCGACAUAGAGCAUCAGUGGUAUUGAAACAUAAUAUUGACUGUGUGGAGAAUCCAUUGAUAUAGUGGGUCAAUAUUUUUGAAUCAUGGCAUUUUCUGUCUAAAAUAUUGAUGACAAUAUAUUGAUGGUUUUAUUGAACAUUAUGGACCCCUAUUUGGGUUUUUUUUAUAUUAACUGCAAUAUUUUCCAGAAGAAAUUUUAUUUUGUGCCAUUAUUUUCAUAAAUUUACAUUGUUCUUAAAUCUUGUAAUCCUUUGACAAAAGAAGUGCCUUUUCUAAUAUGCCAGUACUCUUAUUUUUUUU